CGACGAUACAGACGAGAUCCGAGAAAUGGAGGACCGUGAGAUUGAGGUGAAGCUACAAGACCGAGUCCUUCUGGCAGUCUUGGGUGUUGUCGUUUCUUUGCUUCCUCUUGCACUGUUUGAGAAGGCAUACACAAUUGAAGGACUUACAGAAGCAGCUGAUGAGAUUGCGGUGGUUGUGUCUGCAAGUGCUGCCGCAGUCGCGGCUUUGAGCUUUCUAGUUGCAGAAAAGAACUUUGCUGAUGCCGAAAGACGAGUUGCGGCACAAUCCCGGCAGUCAGCCCUGUCGGAGCUCUUUUUCGCUCAGGCACAGGCGGAUUCUGCCAUUUUGGGAGCCAAUACUGCUAUGAGUGCCAGCAGCUUGGGGAUUGCCUCCGUUGCGGCAGAAUUCUCCAAGACGCUUGCUUCUGUCUCAGUGUGGCCUGCUGUGGCUAGCACUUUCUGGUCCACGGUGAGUGCAGUGACUUCCCGCUCUGAAGCAGAUGCCGCGUACCUUGAGCGUGAAGCAGCCAAACGUGCCAUGGCAGGUGUCGAGGCAAAUGUGGACACAAUCGAUGCUGCGGUCAGCGAGUUCAAGGAUCUUCAACGUGAUUUUACACAAGACGACGUCACGGACGAUAUUCGUAGUCAGUUGAAGGCCUUGGACCUAGGAGAAAGACGGGAGUUCCGUGGAUUGUCCAGAGAUCAACGACGCAAAGUCCAUCUGCUUGCCGGAGAACUUGGCAUGCUUUCGCAGUCCUUCACCUCUGCAGGUUCU